AUGCUCAUCAAAGUAAAGACACUCACCGGCAAGGAGAUCGAGUUGGACAUAGACCUCGAGGACAAGAUCACUCGAAUAAAGGAGAAGGUCGAAGAGCAGUCCGGUGUGCCACCACAACAACAGAGACUGAUCUUCGGAGGGAGACAAAUGCCGGAUGAUAAAACCGCUAAGGAGUUUAAUAUCACCGCUGGAUCUGUUCUUCAUCUUGUUCUUGCUCUACGUGGCGGCUUUUGA